AUGGACUGGAGAUCUCACCCGAUUCCGCAACCGAAUCCUCGCCCGACUUCAAGCGUGUACAGCGAUGAUAUAUCGAUAAUGGCCAGUCUGGUUCGCAAGGUCUCGGAGGACACCAGGGUACAAGAGUACCGUACGAUUGAGUGUUAUAUGAGAGAGAAUCAGGCGCUUGAGGAUGAGAUCGAACUUCGCCGGAUGACUUGGACUGGGACCAUUAUGCUAGCGGACGAAGUCAUAAGGGCCAUCACGAUGAUUGAAAAUAGUCUCAUCACAAUUGAGGCAAAUGUUGCAAGUGCAGAGAAAGACUGGCUGGCAUUCUGGGGUAUCUAUAAAGAGUCUAUUGGUUCACAUCCACCUUGGCUCUAA